UCUCUGUCUGUCGUCUCUCCUGCCCCGCCGACGCGACGCGAUGGCGCCGUCCGCCUCCGCCGCACCGACACUCGCCGCCUUCGCGUCGCUCCUGACCGCGCGGCGCUUCGCGGCCGCCAAGUCCGCGCUCCCGUCCCUGCUCACGCCGCGCCUCCUGGCGGUGCCGUUCCUGGACCUCGCCGCCAAGUCCCUCCCGCGCGGCGCGCCGCCGCACGCCGUGGCGGCGUUCCACGACAUGCUCUUCCGCGCGUACGCGGACGCGGGCGCGGGAGACCGCGCUGCUGAGGCGCUCGACGCCGCCGUGGCCCGCCUCGGCCGCCUCGACCCGCGAUCCCUCACGUCCUCGCUCCUCUCGCUCCGCCGCGCCGGCCAGCUCGCGGACGCCGCGGCUAUCCUGACGCGUGCUCUCGGCUCGUGCCCGGGCUCCGUAUCGCCGCUCGCCGCGUCCGUCGUCGUCGACGGGUUCUGUAAGUCGGGGCGCGUGGAUGACGCCCGCGCGCUGCUCGACGAAAUGCCUCGCCACGGCGUGAGGCUGAAUGCGCUGUGCUACAACUCGCUGCUUGACUGCUACGUGCGCCGAAAGGAUGACGCGCGUGUCCAGGAGCUGCUGGAGAUCAUGGAAAAUGGAGGCAUUGAGGCGACGGUUGGGACGUAUACGAUCCUGGUGGAUAGUUUGUCCACGGCCGGGGAUAUCAGCAAGGUUGAAGCUGUGGUUGAUGAGAUGAAGGCAAAGAAUGUUGCGGGGGAUGUGUACUUGUACACAGCUGUCAUCAAUGCGUACUGCCGAGCAGGGAAUGUGCGGAGGGCCUCUGAGGUUUUUGAUGAAUGUGUUGGCAAUGGCAUUGAGCCGAACGAGCGUACAUAUGGCGUAUUGAUCAACGGGUUCUGCAAGAUUGGGCAGAUGGAGGCUGCAGAGAUGUUGCUGGCAGACAUGCAAGGGCGAGGUGUAGGGCAUAACCAGAUUAUUUUCAAUACGAUGAUUGAUGGCUAUUGUCGUCAAGGGAUGGUGGACAAUGCUCUUAAAGUAAAGGCGGCCAUGGAGAAAAUGGGCAUCGAACUGGAUGUCUACACAUACAACACACUAGCCUGUGGACUGUGCAGGGUGAAUAGAAUGGCUGAGGCCAAGACUCUAUUGCAUAUCAUGAUCGAGAAGGGUGUCCCGCCAAAUUAUGUCACCUACACCACAUUGAUCAGCAUACAUUGCAAGGAAGGUGACAUGGUGGAGGCUAGAAGGCUGUUCCGAGAAAUGGCAGGGAAAGGGGCAAUGCCCAGUGUUGUGACCUACAAUGUUAUGAUGGAUGGGUACAUCAAGAAGGGGAGCAUCCGCGAGGCUGAGAGGUUCAGAAAGGAGAUGGAGAAGAAAGGGCUUGUUCCAGAUGUAUAUACUUAUGCAUCGCUAGUUCAUGGGCACUGUGUCAACGGGAAGGUGGACGUGGCACUGAAGCUGUUUGAAGAGAUGAAGCAUAGGGGAACCGAACCUAAUGUCGUGGCAUAUACAGCUCUGAUAUCAGGUCUGGCAAAGGAAGGGAGAUCAGAGGAAGCGUUCCAGUUGUAUGAUGAUAUGUUGAAAGCUGGAUUGACUCCAGAUGACUCCCUAUAUUCGGCUCUUGUAGGAAGUCUUCACACAGAUAACCGGAAAGAUAUUCACCACAAACAAAUUAAGGUUUCCUAGGCAGCUUUGUUUUUAAGGGAAAGCAACCUAAGCUUAUGAAAUAAGUUGCCCUGAAGCAACUGAAGAGGUCGAUAGUCCAGCAUUAUUUGCAUAAUGUUAGUCAAUUUACAAGGUGGGAUGGAGUACUAGACUGUUGCAAAUGACAUAAGGUGAUCUCUCAGCCGUGAUGAAGCAGAAAUACUACAUGGUGAAGCAGCAAAAUAGCAGAAAUGUUUACAUGUUGACGUGCAAUACUACAUGGUCAUCCUCCAGAUUUCAGAUCCUCAUCGGGUAAUAUAUAUAUAUAUUUUAUUUCAAGCAUGUGUAGAACACGAGAACCUGAGCCAGUUGUGCAGACUUUAUUUAAAAUUAGAAUUUGUAAUAGUAGUAAUGGAAUUGUUACAAAACAAACAGUUCUUGUACAUGUAAUGUAUCAUUUGACAAGAUUGGUCUGAAAUGUUACACUUCAAU